GUGGUUUUUCUAAAUGAAAUAUGACAAAAUAGUAAACCUAACAUAUUCAAUUUAAUAAAUUUAUCUCAUAUGAAAUUAAUCAGUAUAAUAUAAACAUUAUCAAAGCAAAAAAUAUGUACAUACCUAAUAAGCGUCGAUUGAAAUAAUCAGUUUAUAGUAAAUAAAUAUAACAUCAUUGGCCGUGUAAUAUAAAACGAAAGUUAAUACGAUGGUUAUCCAGAAGAAUAAUAUUGAUUCCCAAAUAAAUUUUAAUGUGGAGGGUAACAGUAGUACAUGGACUUUCCAAGCACCAAAGACACUAAGCAUCCGAGUGGGAACUAAUAUGCAAGCGAGGCAGCCAAUUACUCGACAAAUAGCAAUAAACACAUUAGCAGCAAUGCAUCGAAGAUUCAGCUUACCAGGUCCUGUUCAGCCUCAUUCAAGACCUAUUGCGGAAUUCAGAGCGAGUGCAAACAAAUCUUUGGAUAUGUUGAGACAAACAAUUCAGUCAGCUGUCACUAGAGAAAUAGAUCAAGUUAUAAAAAAAUAUUUAGAGAAGUUCUUUGUGCCAGCAGUUAACAACAUUAGGUUGAACUUAGGUGAUGAGUCUGUCAGUGAAGAUCAGGUAAGGGCUGUGUGCAGAGCUAUGUUAGAUGCAACUCGCUUAUUAUACACAACUCCACCUAGAACAUUAUCAACACAAGAUGGCAAUGACGGUGAGCAAGUACAGAGUUUGGAUGGAAAAAACAUUAAUCUGGCACAAAAUAAAAGGAAGGAAAUGGAUCUUGAUUCCAGCUUGAAGCCAAAAAAAUUGAAACAAGAAGAUAAUUCCGAUAGUGGCACUUCAUCCCCUAUACCGUUUUCCGCAAUAAGAGAUCCAGAGAAAUGGAAUCCUGCCAGACUAACUCAAGACACUUUGUUUAUAAUGGGCUCUCAUGCUCACAAGGUUCUCGGAUUAGGUAACGCCCGUGGUCGCCUGUACUCCCGGCAUGCUGGUUUGCCAAGAUAUCCUGCUGAUAGUGCUGAUAAGGAAUGGAUAGCAAGCCAUAAUCUUGUGAAUGCUGUGGGUGGUAAAACAUAUAUCAUGGUAUUAGAAGAUAUUGAAGAACUUGCCGUCAGUGAUGCAUAUAAGCACAACUCGUUGCCUUUGUUGGGUGAAUUAUCAGGUUUCAAGGUACCAUUGUUCAUGUUACGAAAAAUUAAAACUUAUAUGUUGAAGAGGUCAUUAAGUGGUGAUAUCUGUGAAGUCAGCCCUCAACCAAGUACAAGUAAUAAUGAAGAAGAUAAAUUCAAAAUUGAGGACAUAAAGAUCGAAGCUCAUGAUGAUUUUGAUUCAGCUAAUUUUAAUGCAAGCCAGUACAUGAGUAACUCAGAUGGUGCAGGCGCAGAUUUUGCAGACAUUAAAGUUGAAGACAUUGAAGAUAUUAAAGUAGAUGGGAUCAAGGUUGAAGAUUUGGAAGAAAUGAAAGUGGACGGAAUAAAAGUGGAGGAUUUAGAUGAUUCGUCUAUAAAAGUUGAGGAUAUUGACAACAUUAAUGUUGAAAGGACAAAAGUGGAUGAUAUUAAAUUAGAGACAGAUGAAACUUUUGAUAUGAAUAAACAAACAGACAAUGAUGAUAGUAAUUUGGAAGGCCUGCUUGAUGCUGAUAUAGAAUUUUUAAGUCGUAAUUUGGGGAACAUUGAAAGUGACGCGGAUGCACGAAAAACUAUCGAGAAAUUAACUGGUGCUAAUCCAGAUACUAUUACUUUGGUAGGGGAUGAAUUUGAUUUAGGAAGCACAUUAAAUUCAAAUUUUUCAGGUAAUCAAACGACGAAAUGUAUAACAGUCGCCUCAACUACAAGCGGGAUGAUUCAUAGUGUUCCUGUAGCACAUAUAACAACACCUAGAAUUACUGGUAGUACGGUUCAUUAUUAUACCAGCUCGGGGAUUCAGCCAGGGCAAAGGACAGUUCAUCAUUUGCCGAAAGCCACUGUCACUAUUCAGAGUUUACCUCAGUCCUCUUCGCAAAUGAUUCGUGGGAAAAUUUAAGCAAAAGACGCUGGCAUUCUUGAAUACGGAACACGUCAUAACGUUUAAAAGGAGCUGAACCAUAGAAUUGCAGUGACCUUGACCCGCUAUUUAACUUGUGUGUUUUAUUGCAAGAAUACCGCGAAUGAAUGAGAAUUUGCAGUUAAAACAAUAAUCUCAUGUGUUCUUUAUUAUAUUGUGGGAGCUUAGCUAGGAAAUUCUAAUUAAUUUGUUGUUUCUAAUACAUAUUGUGAUAAUAUAUAAUAUAAUCUAUAA